AUGUCACCUACAACUGGAUUUACUAACAUUGUCUAUCACUUCUUGGCAGUUCAUGUAGGACCAAUUACUAAAUUUACUCUUGACAUUCCUGAUCUAAUAACAUGUCCUAAUAUUGAUCACUUGAUAUAUUUCCUCUCUAGGAAUGGCAUUCAACAUCUUAUCUUUAAACCUCCGUUUAGGAGUAAGCCAUAUGAAUUGCCUUCUGCAUAUUUUACAUGUUCACAAUUGAGUAUAAUUUCACAUUGCCCGUUGCUUGAGCAUUUGGUGCUGCAACACGAUGCUAUUACAAAUCACAUUGAAAUUAGUGCUCCCAAGCUAAGGCCAUUUAUCUUCACUGGCAAUAUAAAGUUUUUACAUUUAAAGAAUGUUCCUCUUCUUUCCAAAGUUUCAUAUGAGCCUACAGAAUUUUCGGGAGAGGUAGAACAUGAUAUUGACAAGAUUUUUGAGUCUAUUCCUGCUCUCGAGAAUCUGUGCUGGAAUCACGAGUCUGUUCAGAACUAUUUUGAACAUGCGCGCCGGGAGUCUGUUGAUGAUAUUCCUGAAAGUUUCUUGGAUAUGGCAUUUAAUCACUGA